CAGCGGUACCGGCUAUGAGAACACUCCUUUCUUCCGGAUGGCCCGCAGCCGAAAGGCUAAUAGCAAUAGACAUGCAACGGGAUGACUCGCGAUCGUCUGUUGUUUCUGGCUGGCUGCUACCUUGUUCGUUUGCUUCUCUAUUUAAUAAACAGUCGUUUUGUCGAUAUAUUGUCCCUCCAUAAGACGCCCAUCACAACCUAGCCCAAUCUCAUCCGCCAUGCCCACUGCGACCAUUAACCCCGCUCUCCCUCCUGAACCCGAACAAGCAUGGAUCAAGCCCACUCUUUCCAACACUUUCGGGGGCAAGACGUACCAGCCUACGCAUCCUGACUUGUUCCGCGUCGAGUUCACUGCUAGUAAAGGGUUAGAAGAAGAUUAUGCGAGUCGACUGGUUGCUGUGCGGGAUUUCGCUCCCAACGAGUUGAUAACUCCCCUCACCAACAUAUCCCUUGCUCCCGAAAAGGCCUACUCUUCGGUUCAAUUCGGGCCCGGCCCAAGAGAUCACCUCGAGCUCAACUCUGACCUCUUAUUCAUGAAUCAUUCUUGCUCCCCAACGACAGAAGUCCACUUGCCCCCCCUUCGACCUAAUGAAUGGGCCGUAUAUGCUACUUCCAAGGGCAUAAAGAAGGGAGACUCUCUCGAGUUUUUCUACCCCAGCACAGAGUGGGAUAUGGCACAAGGCUUUGACUGUGCUUGUGGAUCAGAUAUUUGCCUGGGCAAGAUUAACGGUGCCAAAUACGCUUCUCUGAAAGAACUGCAAGCGCGUGGCUAUAUCAACGAGCAUAUCCUUGCUCUUAAGAAAGCUCAAUCAAAACAUGAGGAAUAGAGGGGCGCUGAAGGCUUUCCAUCUAUACAGGGCGUAAUGGGGGAAUUAGUCGGUGGAUGGUCGAAAGGGGGAUUUGGGAGAAUUCUGGGGAAAUCUGUAGCAUGGCGAGAAGCAAUUAUGUAGAUCAGCUUUUGAUUGGAUGAAUACCGUUG